AUGCUGCUGCAGGACGUUAUUGGAGAGUUUUUGUCCCUGCCUCCCCGUGCCCUUCAGUUGGAGCGUGUUAGCGAAGAUAUUUUUUGCAGCGUGUAUUUGUGGACACCCACUCACUCCAAAGCGACGUAUGGGGGGCAGUUGGUGGCGCACUGUGUGGAGGCCGCGUAUCUCGCGGCGGAUGACCCCCAUACGGAUAUCAUCAGUCUUCAGCUGAAAUUUCUGUCAGCGGGGAGAAGUGAUUGUGGAUCACCCGUGGUGUACUCUGUGAAAUCGUUACAUAAUGGCCGUUCUUUUUUUUCCCGGCUUGUGUUGGCAAUGCAACAAGAACGACACAUACUCUCUGCAAUUAUUACUUUUUCUCGACAAGAGCGUGGCGGCCUUGAACAUCAAUUGUGUCUGCCAGGGUGCCUCACUCAAUCUGCAUUGACAGGGAGUUCAUCUUCCUCCCUCUUCAAUUAUAUGCGAACUUUGACGUCAUCCAACGAAGCACGCGAAGCCAGCCGUGGGGAAUCUGCAGUGGCUCGUGUGGGUUAUGUAAACUUCAUGAACCCGCAUUUCAUUCAAAGCACGGUGCCGUGGGAGUUGUGCUUGCGAGUGGAACCGGAGGGGUGGACGUUACUGCGAGAUGCCACUGGCAUUUCAGAGAAGCGUCUCAACAUCAUUGUGGCUUGCUGGCUCUCUGAUUUUGUUGUGGCUCUAUCAACAUUGUUUCCACACAGGUUCCCAAACAAUGAUAUUUGUCAGUUUGCCAGUCUGGAUCAUACCAUUUAUUUCCACCAUCCGGAGCGUAUUCGCGUUGGAGAAUGGUUUUUGUACGAGGUAUUUAGUCCUUGGGCGGCGCAAGGCAGGGGGAUCGGCCAAGGCCGCAUGUAUGGGCAGGAUGGAACACUCUGGAUGAGCACUGUGCAACAAACACUUAUGCGCACAGGAAAGGGCUACAAAUCGAGACUCUAG